AUGCCGUCCGCAACAGACGAGGGUGUUCGAAUUGCCAUUGAUCGGGGAGGGACAUUUUGCGACUUCUGGGCUCGAAUUCCUGGCAGGAAGGAUGAUCUCGUCUUCAAGCUGCUAUCAGUUUGCCCCGACGAGUACGAUGACGCACCGACUGAAGGCAUCCGGCGCAUCUUGGAGACUGCCACCGGCGCCGAGAUCCCCAAGGGCACUCCGCUGGACCUGACGCACGUUGAAAGUAUUCGCAUGGGCACCACUGUUGCCACCAAUGCCCUCCUCGAACGAAAGGGCGAACGAGUGGCCCUGCUGAUCACCAAGGGCUUCGGUGACCUUCUGCUCAUUGGCAACCAAGCCCGGCCAAAGCUUUUCGACUUGGCCGUCCGCAAACUCGACAAGCUGUUCGAGUGUGUCGUCGAGGUGGACGAGCGCAUCACUGUCGAGGGUGCAUCCGAAGACCCGUCUCCGAUUGUGGGUAAUGUGGCAAAUGACCCAGAGCUGUUUUAUGGAACAAACGGAGAAGUCCUGCGCCGUUUGAAGAAACCCGACCCAGAAGCCAUCCGGGGCGAUCUCAAGAAGCUGUGGGAAGAUGGCUACCGCAGUGUUGCGGUUGCGCUAAUGCACUCGUACAACCACCCAGACCACGAGAUUCUCGUUGGCGAUAUUGCCCGGGCGCUUGGCUUCAAGGUAUCACUGUCUUCGCAGCUGCAGAGCAUGAUCAACCUGGUACCGCGUGCACAGUCCGCCACUGCCGAUGCGUAUCUCUCGCCGAUAACGCAAAACUACCUUGACAGUUUCCGCAAGGGCUUCAAAGGCGGGCUGGAGGAUGCGAACGGCCACAAGCUGCUGCUAUCCCAGUCUCACGGCGGACUGGUGCAGUACAAGGAAUUCACCGGUCUGCGGGCCAUCCUCUCUGGUCCAGCUGGUGGCGUUAUCGGAUAUGCCAAGACAUGCUUCGAUGCAAACGAUGGCACGCCUGUCCUCGGCUUCGACAUGGGUGGCACCAGCACCGACGUCUCUCGCUAUGGCGGUGCACUGGAGCAUGUCUUCGAAACGACCAUUGCCGAGAUCCCUAUUCAGUGCCCGCAGCUGGAUGUCAACACUGUUGCUGCCGGUGGUGGCUCCAUCUUGGUCUGGAGCAACGGCCUGUUCAAGGUCGGGCCAGACUCAGCCGGUGCCUUUCCCGGGCCUGCCUGCUACGGAAACAAUGGCCCACUGACGAUAACAGAUGCCAAUUGCUUCCUAGGCCGCAUUCUGCCAAUGUACUUUCCGCGCAAGCUGGACGUCGAGACGGUCAAGGAGAAGUUCUUGGCCCUGACCGAGCUGGUCAAUCAGGAGAAGCAUGGCGACGACAAACUCACGCCUGAGCAGAUAGCCAUGGGCUUCAUCCAGGUAGCCAACGCCACAAUGUCGCGUCCGAUCCGCAGCCUGAGCGAGGGUCGCGGCUUCGAGGCAUCAGUCCACAACCUCGCCUGCUUCGGUGGUGCCGGUGGCCAACAUGCCGUGGCCAUUGCCCGCGAUCUCGGCAUAAAGCGUGUGCUCAUCCACCGCCUGUCGAGCAUCUUGUCGGCCUUUGGAAUGGCGCUGGCCGAUAUCGUUGUCGAAAAGCAGGAACCGGAGGCGGUCGUUUGCAAUGCUGACGGCACCGCCGAACGUCUCGAGAAGCGCUUCUUGUCGCUCGAGGUGCAGGCGACGGAACAGCUGGCCGCACAGGGAAUCCCUUCCCAUCGGGUCGUGCAUGAGCGUUUCCUCAACAUGCGCUAUCGCGGCAGCGACACAGCCCUGAUGAUUGCCCGGCCGGAGCCUGUGGACGACUCGGCCAAGUCGGAUUAUGCGGCCGGUUUUGUGGCGCGCCACCAGCGCGAGUUCGGCUUCACUCAGCAGCGAGAUAUUCUCGUAGACGAUGUUCGUGUUCGCAGCGUUGGCAAGGCCAUGGAGCUCCCUGUAUCCAACCCAUUUGAGGCUCUCCGCGAUGUUCAGGCGAUGCCGUAUAUCAAUGUGUCGGCUGCCAAGUGUCAGCGCAUGUACUUUGAAGACGGCUGGGUUGAUGCACCGAUCUUGCAUCUCACCAACCUCGAAAAGGGUCACAAGGUCAAGGGUCCCGCUGUCAUCUUUGAUGCCACGCAGACCAUCAUCCUCGAUGCGGCGAGCGAGGCUAUCGUGCUCGAUGAGCAUUUAGUCAUCGACCUCGCCCUAAAGGUGGAGGACUCGGCAUUGACCAACGAUGUCGACCCAAUCAAGCUGUCGGUCUUUGGCCAUCGUUUGAUGUCGGUUGCAGAACAGAUGGGCCGAACUCUGCAGAAGACGUCGAUUUCGACAAACAUCAAAGAACGCCUCGACUAUUCUUGUGCCGUAUUUUCUGCCAACGGCGGCCUGGUUGCGAAUGCGCCUCACAUCCCGGGCCACCUGGGUUCCAUGAGCACCGGCAUCCGGUACCAGGCCGACCAUUAUGGCAAAGACGGACUGCGUCCAGGUGAUGUGAUCCUGUCCAACCAUCCCUGCGCUGGGGGCACUCAUCUUCCCGACUUGACGGUCAUCACUCCGGUCUUUGACUCGAACGAGAAUCCGACAGAGAUCAUGUUCUUUGUGGCCAACCGCGGCCACCACGCAGACAUUGGUGGCAUCUUGGCCGGCUCCAUGCCGCCCAACUCGACAGAGCUGUGGCAGGAGGGCGCAGCAAUCGAGUCCUUCAAGAUGGUCAAAAACGGCGUCUUCGAUGAGGCCGGCCUGAUCGAGGAGCUGUCGGUGAAGCCAGCCCAGCACCCAGGCUGCAGCGGUACCCGGACCCUGCGCGACAACAUUGCGGAUCUCAAGGCGUCGGUGGCGGCCAACAACCGCGGCAUUUUCCUGAUCCAAGAACUGGCAAAACAGUACACCUGGCCGGUCGUGCAAUUCUACAUGGAGGCCAUCCAGCGCAAUGCCGAAGAGGCCGUCCGGGGCAUGCUCAAGCAGCUGAGCGUCCGCUUUCGCGGCCACAAGCUCAAGGCCGUUGACUGGAUGGACGAUGGGACGCCGUUGGCCUUAACCGUCACCAUCGAUGCCAAAAAGGGCUCGGCCAAGUUCGACUUCACUGGGACCGGGCCAGAGGCCUUUAACAAUCUGAAUACACCUUCUGCCGUCAUGUAUUCGGGCAUCAUCUACUGCCUGCGGUGCAUGAUCUCAUCCGACAUCCCGCUCAACCAGGGCUGCCUGGCCCCCAUCGAGGUAGUCUGCCCGCCGAAUACGCUUCUGUCGCCCAGUCUCGAGGCCGCCACGGUUGGCUCCAACGUGGAGACCUCGCAGCGCAUUGUCGACCUGAUUCUGAAAGCUUUCCGCGUCUGCGGCGCCAGCCAGGGCACGUGCAAUAACCUGACCUUUGGCUACGGCGGUACCGACGAGGAAACGGGCGAGAUCGUCCAAGGCUUCGGCUACUAUGAAACCAUUGCCGGUGGUGCUGGGGCGGGUCCCUCGUGGGAUGGCCAGUCGGGUGUGCACACCAACAUCACCAACACGCGCAUCACAGACCCCGAGGUCUUCGAAAAGCGCUAUCCCGUGCUUCUGCACCGCUUCGGCAUCCGUCCUGGCAGCGGUGGUCGCGGCCGGCAUCAUGGUGGUGACGGAUGCGUUCGCGAGAUAGAGGUGCGACGUCCGCUGCAGGUCAGCAUCCUCUCAGAGCGCCGCGUCAUCCCACCGUAUGGCAUGGCUGGUGGCGGGGAGGGCGGUCGUGGGCUCAACUUGUGGGUUCGACACGACCCCCGCGAUAAGACAGCGCCACCGCGCACGAUCAGCCUCGGAGGCAAGGCGACCGUGCCGAUGAAUCCGGGCGAUCGUAUCAUCAUCCACACCCCUGGUGGUGGUGGCUACGGCAAGAGUCUGGAACCCUCAGACGAGUACCACCCGGAUGAAGAAGAGGAGGAACUGGCGACCACUCAAGCUGGCAAAGGGAACGGAAGUUCCGGUAAUGAAUUUAAUCAUGUGCCACGGGCAAGCGGCAGCGUUGGCAUACGGGAGAGUAUGGCGGCCUCGAAUUGA